GGGGUUUAGGAAGCCAUUGACGGUGCUGAGCAAAGCAGGGGAACAAGCGAGAUGUUCGGAAGCAUGCGACGGACAGAGGACAUCCAGACGAGCAUCAAAAAGGCAUGCACGCCCGAAGACACUGCACCGAAGCGGAAGCACGUUAGAGCUUGUAUCGUGUACACGUGGGAGCGGAAGAGCUCCAAGGAGUUCUGGGAGAGCAUGAAGGUGCUACCUCUGAAGGAAAACGACGUGGCGUUGUUCAAGGCGUUGACACUCAUCCACAAGGUGUUGCAAGAGGGCCACCCGUCGUGCUUAAUUGGCGGGUUCAAAAACAUGGACUGGAUUGCAAGCUUGGGGCACACACAGAGCCCGGACAGACGGUACCAGAUCUUGAUCCCGGAAUACGUGGACUAUCUCUUGCAGAAGUUACGGUUUCACCACAACCACCGUGGCUUCAAUGGGACGUUUGAGUACGAAGAGUACACGUCAUUGCGGUCAGUGUCCGACCCGAACGAGGGGUUCGACGCAGUUUACGAUCUGCAGCUCUUGCAGGAAGCGUUGGAUCACCUUGGGAGAGACACGUUGGCACCAGCGAAGAAGAACAUCUCCGAGGCAAUUACAAGUGCGUUGGUGCCGAUUGUUUCUGAGACGUAUGGUAUCUAUAAGUUCUUAAUUUCAAUGCUAAGAGGGCUAUACCGAAGCUCUGAUUCUGUUGAGGCGUUAGAACCCUUGAGGGCCAAAUUUGAUGAGCAACACGAUAGGUUGUAUGACUUCUAUGCGCAGUGCACGGCGGUUAGGUAUCUAUCGACGUUGAUAACAAUUCCAAAGUUGCCAUUUGAUGCACCUACGUUGGCAGACGAGCAGAAGAGCGUUUCACCUUUGAUAGAGCAAGGAAUUGUCCAAACACCGGCUGAUUAUGCCAAUGUGCAAAAAGCGGUUUCAUCACAGCCAACAGGGGCGGUUGCGAAUGCGCAUAUGGCAGGACAACAGGCAUACGAAGCGCAGCAGCAGCAAUUAGAGCAACAGCGGCAGCAGCAGCUGCAACAACAACAGCAGGAGCUGGAACAACAAAGACUGUAUUGGGAGGAGCAACAGAAAAGAAAUUCGGAAGCGCAGCAGCUAGCGCAACAGCAACUGCUGCUUGAUCAAGCGCAGAGGCAGGCUCAGGGCCGAGUUGCAGAAUUGGAGAGAGACAUUUUGGCGUUGAAAGGCCAGUACGAUAGUGACCAGUUGAUGCUUAGGAGCUACGACGAAAAGCUCCAGGUAUUGGAAACUGAGCUGCGAACAACUUCGGAGACCGCUGGGGAACAGCUGGCUGCUAAGGAACAGCAGUUGACUUUUCUGCAAGAACAAAUCGACUACUGGAAAAACAAGUACGAGUCCCUUGCAAAACUCUACUCGCAACUGCGAGCAGAGCAUUUAGACCUACUUGCAAAGUCGAAGAAGAUCCAGCAGAAGGCGGCGUCUGCUCAAGAGGCGGUGGAGAGACGGGAAAGGAUGGAGAGGGAAAUGAAGGCAAAAAACGUUGAGCUGGCCGACUUGAUCAAGGAAAGAGACAGAGCGAAGCUGGAGCUGGAAAGGGUGAAGACGGGCUCGAAGGGGCAGUUUGAGAGCUUGCAGCUAGCAAAGGACGAGUUGGAGCAAAAGCUGGCGACACUCGAGCGGGCGCAGUCUGCGAACUUGACUGCUGUGUUCAACCAGCACAAGAACGAGGUCGAGCAGUUGCAGCAGAAGCUGGCGCGUUCGUCUCUGGCGGACGGGUCGUCCGGCAAGGAGCUAGAGGUGCUGAGGGAGAAGCUGCAGGAGAAGGACAUGGAGCUCGAGAUGAUGCAGCAGACGAUGGACGAGACGAUCAAGGGGCUCGUUGCGCAGCAGAAGGAGGCGGGUGGCGAGGGCGGGCAUGGGGGGUUGCGGAAGGUGUCGGAGUUGAUCGACGCGGUGUUGAAGUCGGGGAUCGACCGGAUCCAGGACGGGGUUUUCGAGCUGGAUUCUGCGAUGCAGGCCGGGAACGUGAACUCGUCGCCGGAGUACCUGUCCUCGGUGAUCGAAAAGACGUCGGGGUUGGCGACGGAGUUUGCGUCGAGCUUCAACUCGUUCUUGGUGGACGGGGCGGAGGGGGACGCUGGAGCGGUGAUUGGGGGCGUGACAAACUUCACGACGUCGAUUGGGGACGUGUUGCUUGGGACGAAGGGUCUCGCGCGGUUGGCGAAGGUGGACGAGCUGCAGGAGGACCUGAUCGACACGGCGAGAGACGUUGCGGAGAUCUCGGAGGUGUACUUGGAGUCGUUGUUCGAGCGGAACCUGGGCGGGCUGGGGCUGGAGGAGAAGACGGAGGCGGUGAUCAACGGGAACAUCGAUGUGCAGGAGAUGCUACAGACGCUGACCUCGCUGGUGGAGUCGCUGAGGACGCCGUCGUCGAGGGUGGAUUUGGAGAAGGUGAGCGGGGAGUUGAGCGAGGUUGUGGAUAAGGAGAUGGCGCAUGCGUCGAGGGUGAUCGAUGAGGCAUCGUCGCAUCUGAUUUCGUUGUUGGAGCAUCCGUCGAUGUCGUCGGUGGACGUGGAGGUGAGCAAAUCGAUUCUGGCGGCAGCGUCUGCGAUCAUUACGGCGAUCAAGUACUUGAUCGAGGCGUCGAUAGAGGCGCAGCAGGAGAUCGUGAACAACGGGCGGGGCUCGAGCUCGAGAACGUCGUUCUAUAAGAAGAACAACAAAUGGACGGAGGGCCUCAUCUCGGCGGCGAAAUCGAUUGCGUCGACGACGAACACACUGAUCGGGAUUGCGGAUGGCGUGCUACAGAACAAACAUAGCGAUGAGGAAUUGAUUGUUGCGUCGAGAGAAGUUGCUGCAUCGACGGCGCAGUUGGUUUCUGCUGCGAGAGUGAAGUCUCAAUUCAUGUCGAAGACGCAGGAUAAGUUGGAAGAAGCUUCGAAGAAGGUGAAUUUGGCUUGUAAACAAUUGGUGAUCCAAGUCAACCAGCUGAUUUCCAGCAAGAACGAAUUGGAUGAAGUGGAUUACAGUAAGCUUUCUAUCCAUGAGACGAAAACAGCUGAAAUGGAACAACAAGUUGAAAUUCUAAAACUUGAAAACGCGUUGAAUUCGGCUAGAAAAAGAUUGGGUGAAAUUAGAAAAUUCAGUUACAGAGAUGACGAAUAGUUUAUGGGAUAUAGAAGUUCUAUAGAUUAUAUACGUCUUCAACGAUAAGAUGUGAUAUUUUUGUGCAUUGCGUAAGAGAUUCUUCUGGAGGCGUUUGAACUUUGAUGGCAGAUUUAUAAGUGUCAAACCAUUUUACAAAAGAUAAUUUGGUAUCUGACGCUUUGUAUUCUUCGGAGUAGCCAUGCCAAGUAUGUUGUAUUGAUUUAUCACUUUUCCAAAAGGUUGCUAAUUCCUUAGAAAGAUUUUCUUGAUCUUUGUAUGUUUUUCCAAAUUUAGAAUAAUAUAUUCGAAAAGCAGUAAAACCGUU